AUCUCUCUCUCUCUCUCUCUCUCUCGCUCUCUUCUCGUUUCCUCCCCCGAGAAAUGACGAUGAAGAGGAGAUCCAUGGCGACCAUGGCCUACUCCUCCUCCUCCUCCCCCUUCCCCGCCACAGCACCUUCGCUUCUUCUCCUCCUCCUCUCUCUCAUCGCCCUCUCCUCUCUCCUCCCUCCCACUCUCGCCGCGCCAACCGGCCCUGGAGAGGGGUUUUCCGUCGCGGGUCGCGUGAAGUUGGAAGGCAUGGGAUCUAAAGGCUUCGGUCUUCCAGCAAAGACAGCUAACACGAAGGUCAUACUGAAUGGUGGUCAAAGGGUCACAUUUGUUAGGCCAGAUGGUUACUUUGCAUUCCACAACGUGCCAGCUGGUACUCACUUAAUUGAAGUAGUGUCAUUGGGUUAUUUCUUUUCCCCUGUUCGUGUUGAUAUCAGUGCCAGAAACCCUGGAAAGGUUCAGGCAGCGCUGACGGAGAAUAGAAGACAUCUGAAUGAGCUUGUUUUCGAGCCUUUAAAAGAAGAGCAGUAUUAUGAGAUGAGGGAGCCUUUCUCCAUUAUGUCUCUUUUGAAAAGUCCAAUGGGUAUGAUGCUGGGUUUCAUGCUGGUUGUGGUGUUCCUAAUGCCGAAGUUGAUGGAGAACAUAGAUCCGGAGGAACUUCGGCGCACCCAAGAGGAGAUGAGGGCCCAAGGAGUACCUUCUCUUUCCAGCUUGGUUGCGAGGAACACCUAGAUAUUAGGAUUCUCUUCGAGCAAGCUCUUACGGUGUCGAUGAGCAAGAAGAUCUACUCCGGCCCGAGGUUUCCACUCUCGCUGAGCUCGAAGCUUGAAUCUUUUAAGACUGCAGUUAAUUGUACUUCAUUUGUAUUAAAGAUUACGUGGCUCUGUGGUCACAAUACAAGGAUACUUCACAUCGAUUUUUGACGGAGCUGAACUAAUUUUGAUUGUUAAAAACUACAGGAACUGAGGAUUUAGAACAACCACUUUCCCCCGGAAAGGUAAUCAAUCAAGUUGUUGCUUCUUUUCUAAUUUUUUUUAGCAUAUGGUAUUAUUAUUCAUUCUAUUUUUAAAUUGUGUACAAUGUACAAAUUUUCUGCGACACAGUUUCCCUGGCACGAGCAAUUUUUAUGUA